GACGUAACACACGCUGAUCAGCUAUGGCGGGCGACAGUCAACUUGGAGCUCAGCUCGAUAAUAUCCUGCUUGUUACCGACUCGUAUAAGGUAACUCAUCAUUUGCAAUACCCAGACAACACCAGCACUGUGUACUCCUACUUUGAGAGUCGAGGAGGGAAGUUUCGAUCAACUGUUUUCUUUGGAUUGCAGUAUAUCUUAAAACGAUGGUUGGUCGGCCCUGUAGUAACGAGGGAGAAAAUAGAUGAGGCAGUAGCAAUUUACAAAGAACACUUUGGAAGGGACCUUUUCAAUGAGGAGGGAUGGAAUUACAUACUCAAUCAUCAUGGAGGUCAUCUUCCUGUGAGAAUAAAGGCAAUACCAGAGGGAACAGUUGUGCCAUACAAAAAUGUUCUCUUCACAGUCGAAAAUACAGACCCAAAAUGUUUCUGGCUGACCAACUACUUGGAGACAUUGUUGGUGCAGGUGUGGUAUCCCAUGACUGUGGCCACAAACUCCCGUUACCAGAAAGAGAUUAUCUGUAAAUAUCUAGAUGAAACGGCAGAUAACUUGGAAGGAUUACCAUUUAAGCUACACGAUUUUGGAUUCCGGGGAUCAACAUCUGUGGAGUCAGCUGGAAUAGGUGGUGCUGCUCAUCUAGUGAAUUUCAUGGGAACAGACACAAUAGCUGGGAUCAUGAUGGCGAGGAAAUACUACGCCUGCCCUAUGGCUGGUUUCUCAAUUCCCGCUGCCGAACACAGCACAAUAACAACAUGGGGUCGGGAAGGAGAAGUGGAUGCGUACAGGAAUAUGCUGAACAAAUUCCCAACAGGCCUCAUGGCCUGUGUCAGCGACAGCUACAAUAUCUGGAAUGCCUGUGAUCACUUCUGGGGUGGUGUGCUGAAGGACAGCGUGGUGGAAAGGGGAAAAAAUGGUGGAGUUCUUGUCAUACGGCCUGAUUCAGGAGAUCCAGCAGAGGUGGUCAUUAAGGUGUUGGAUAUACUGGGUCAGAAGUUUGGAGUGACCAAGAACACCAAAGGUUACAAGAUGCUACCUCCUUAUGUGAGGAUAAUACAAGGUGACGGGAUCAGCUACGAAUCAUUGUCCACAAUCUUGGAAUGCAUGAAGGUCCAUGGAUGGAGUUCAGACAAUAUUGCAUUUGGCAGUGGGGGAGCCUUGCUGCAACGAAUUGACCGUGAUACUCAGAAGUGUGCCUACAAGUGUAGCUAUACAGUGAUCAAUGGAAAAGAGGUAAAUGUGUUCAAGCAACCAAUCACCGAUCAGGUCAAGAAGAGCAAAAAGGGGAGGCUUUCAUUGGAGGUUAUCAAUGGAGAAUAUGCAACAAUUCAAGAAGGCCAUGGAAAUCCAAAAGAGGAUCUACUUCAAGUUGUUUUUGAAAAUGGUAAGCUGCUGAGAGAUUUCACAUUCAAGGAGGUACGGGCAAAUGCUGAACUGGAGAUGGUCAAGAAGAGACAGUCAGACAGCUAGUCCCUGAUGACCACUUGCAUCUUGGAUUCACAUCCUCAUCUUUAAACACUUUGCAACUUGCUUACCGUUGGAAAGGCUCCACCUGUGAUAGGUAUCUCGCUGGGUGUCCCCAUUAUCAGUGUACCAAUAGCUUUACACAUUUAACUGUGGAUUACUUGACUGUUCAAGUGAUUACCCUUCAGUUUUGUAUCCUAGGAUGUAGAUUUAAACACUUGCAUGUAGACUUUGGCACAAAGCUAUGAUGGGGUGAGAGAUGUAUUUAAAUAGAUUACUUAAUUUUCUAAAUAAUAUUUGAAUAAUGAAGUGCUAUGGCAAUUAUUUUGUGUGAAAUGUUAUAAAAUAAUGUUCAGCAUAUAUAUAUAUAUA